CCUCCAUUCUGAAACGCCCUAGAGUCUUAUUCUGCCAACGAACGACGAAAAACCUUCAAUCUUCUUCGACUUCUUCACUGACCCAGACUCCACCGCUGAACCAGACUUCAUCUUCUUCAGUGAAUCCCGAAUGACCAUCCUCGCUUGCUUCUCCAUCGCCGUUCUCACCUCCUCACCAACGUUCCCCGGCUCAUAGCACUCCGCCACCGGGAACAAAUCCAGGUGACUCAGAAGCAUCGACGUCAACCCAGCAGGUUUCGCGGCAGAACCGAUCUUUGAACGCACUACAUCCGCAAAAGAGCGCCCAGACGAAGACGCCUUCAGGUCUAUCCCUUCUGCUUCCCCGCCGGCGAGGACUCAUCAGAGACCAGCGACCCAGACUUGGCUUCGAGAGACCCCAACAUCUGUCGCAGUUCACCCACAAAUCGACGCCAGCCCCGGCUUUCACGACUCCUCAGGGAGAAUUUUCAACCGAUAUAGGACAUUCUGCACGGUAUGUAAAAGCUUGUGAAACAGCAGGAUGAGCAACGGCGAUUUUGAUGGACAGAUUUUAGCUGAGAAAUUGUCGAAACUCAACAAUUCGCAACAAAGCAUUGAAUCUCUGUCCCGUUGGUGUAUCUCUCACCGGAAGAAGGCAAAACUGAUUGUUGAAACAUGGGAUAAAUUGUUCAACUCUUCUCAGAGAGAGCAGCGUGUUUCUUUUCUGUAUUUGGCUAAUGACAUUUUGCAAAAUAGUAGGCGAAAGGGCAGUGAGUUUGUUAAUGAGUUCUGGAAAGUUCUUCCUUCAGCUCUCAGGCAUGUUUAUGAAAAUGGUGAUGAACAUGGAAAGAAAGUGGUAACCAGACUGGUUGACAUAUGGGAAGAAAGGAAGGUUUUUGGUUCUCGAGGGAGAAGUCUUAAAGAUGAAAUGCUGGGUAAGAAUCCUCCUGUGUCUGUGAGCAAUGGGAAGAGUUCAAUUCCUAUCAAGAUAGUGAAGAGGGAUGCACACUCGGUUAGAAUUAAAUUGGCUGUUGGAGGUCUCCCAGAGAAAAUAUUAACUGCAUUUCAAUCCGUACUUGAUGAGCAUCCUACUGAAGAAGCUGCCUUGAGCAAGUGUGAUGCCACUCUACGUCAUGUGGGUAAAAUUGAGGAAGAUGUUGAAAGUAUCCUAAUACAAGGAAAUCAGCAGGAACCUGUCAUAGUGGACGAGCUGCAAGAUCAGGAAAAUGUGCUUAAACAAUGUGUUGAGCAACUUGAGAGUGCAGAAGCAACUAGGGCUACAUUGAUUUCCCAGCUUAAAGAAGCACUUCAGGACCAAGUAUCAAAGCUGGAACUUAUUCGCACUCAGUUGCAAGUUGCUCGGGUGCAGAUUGACCAAGCAAGCAAUAUUAGGAAGAGGCUAACUUCAUUCAGUGUUUCUGGCCCCCCUACCACCACCCUGAACCCAACAACAGAGGCAACAAGGGCUGUAGAACAGAUUAUGCUUUCAGUUCAACCAACCAGCAUCCUGCCUCAGCCUCCUCUUACGCAACCGGUGGUUUCUUUUGCACCUCUCAGAACUACUGAAGAAGAGAGCAAGAAAGCAGCUGCUGCUGCUGUUGCUGCUAAGCUAGCUGCCUCUACAUCCUCUGCACAGAUGCUUACCUCUGUUCUUUCAUCCCUCGUCGCAGAAGAAGCUGCCUCCAUGAAUGGUAGCAUAAAUUCAAUUGGAUUUAGUUCAGGGCUAUCCAUGUUCUCUCCAGAGAAACGGCCCAAACUCGAGAAACCAAUGACUGUUUCUGAUGUUAGUAGCUCUGAUGUCAGCAGCACAACCUAUUUUACCCCUCUACAACAGCAAUCAAUGACCAACGUUCCCUCUGCACCAUCUUCUAGCGUGCAACCCAUUUCUCAAGCCAGCCAGAUGCCAGGUCCCUUUGCUGCUCUACCACCACCACCACCUCCUCCACCACCUUUAUCCCCUGCAACUCAACCAGGGAAUCAAUUUGUCCAAUCUGCUGGUAUGGUUGUGAUGCCUUAUGGGUAUGGAGCAAACAAUCUUCCACCUCCACCUCCUCUUCCUCCACAUGUUGCAAUGAGUUUAUCAAGGCCUGCCCCCCAGCAACCAGGACAGCCUCAGCCUCAGCAACAACAGCAACAGCCAGCCACUGGAGGAUUCUACCGGCCACCGGGUAUUGGGUUCUAUGGGCAAAGCCAUCAGCCAACACCACCACCGGUACCUCGGCAGUGAGUUUCCAUUGGAAGAUUUGGCCAAAGAUAAUUUCUGCGGCUCGUGAAUACCUGGACUGUGGGCAAAGGCAUCAGUGGCAAAACCUUGGCUGUGAGUUCCUCUUGGAAUCAUGGAGGCUGGAUCGUCUUUGAAGAGGCGGUUGUGUUAUUAUGUAAAUUAUUAGAAAUUUAGUGAUGUCUUCUAGACUUAAUGUCCUGCACACAUCUCUCCUUUACAUUUCACACCUUCCCAACCCAAUUAGUGCCCAGGGUUUGAUGCCAACACUAGUUACUUUAUAGUUGAUACUGAUACUUCUUCAGUUGUA